UCCAAGAGCCCUCUAGAAAGUGACUGAUGUGUUCUAACGUCCAUGGUUCAGCGGUGACUCGGUUGCAUUACAUACCGUAUCGAUCAUCAAAACUUUGCCCGUUCGAGUCCAAAUUUUUUUGGUAGCAAGGUGAAAAAAGAGGAGCGGGGGGGGAGGACCCUUAAGGAAACAUGGUCGAUUGUUACAAACACGUACCUAGAUACCUAGAUACGGUUGCUGAUGAAAAAAAUUUCAUUGGUGACUGUUCAAGCAAAAAAGACUACAAACAUGUGAGAAGAAUCGAUUUUUUUGGGGGAGGUUGUCAAAUUUAGCACGACGGUACACGUGUCGACAUAUAACUUAUCAGUUGCAAUUUGUUUACUUCUUUUAGUACGCUUUAUUUUGUUAGUUCAUUUAAGUUACAUUUAUAAAAAAAGCAGGUUAAUCAAUGAGAGGUGUACUUUUCUAAUGACCUGACUCUUCUUGGUGCAUUAUCAUGGAAAAGAUUUGAGUGAACACGAAAGUUUGUGUUAAGAGUUUAAACUAUCCGCUGUCUGCAUUCUAUUUCAUCUAAAUAAUAUUUAAAUCUGCGAGAAGAAUCUGCAUCCUAGUACUUCUUCCAAAAAAAUAACUUUAUUCCCGAACAUUUGAGAAACAUGAGUUAUUAAAUGUAAGUGAACCAUGUGAAUCAGAAUAUGUUUAGACUGUCGUCUUUUGUCACAUUAUAUGUAAGAGUAGGAUUCGAUGAACAUUUUUAUUUGAUUCUAGAAGAAUAGCAAUGACUGAUAACACAUUACAAGCAAUUUAUUAUAAACGUGGUGAAUUAUCAAUUUUGGAUCAGUUGAAAUUACCAGAAUUAAGUAUUUAUAUUCCAAUAACUACUGUUGCAGAUGCGUGGAAAGCAAUACAUACAAUGUCAAUAAGAGGUGCACCAGCAAUUGCUGUUUGUGGUUUAUUAAGUGUUGCCAUUGAACUUUAUAACAAUAAAGGAAAAUUUGAGAGUAUAGAUGAGAUAAAAAAAUUUAUUCGCGAACAAUUGAACUAUUUGGUAACAGCUCGUCCAACAGCUGUAAAUAUGGCCGAUGCAGCACGAACAAUUACAAAUUACAUAGAAUCAAUUGAAACGGAAAAACAAAUCAAAACAAUUGAUUUGUAUAUUGAACAUGUAUUGGAAUAUAUGGAAACAUUUUUGAAGAAAGAUAUUGAAGAUAAUUUAUUGAUUGGAAAGCACGGCGCUGAAAUGAUUAAAUCGUUAUCGAACAAUGAUCCUAUAAAAAAAUUAUCGAUUCUCACUCAUUGUAACACUGGUUCACUUGCCACAUCCGGAUUUGGUACGGCACUUGGGGUUAUAAGACAGUUGAAACAGAAUGAUCAUUUAAAUUUAGCCUAUUUUACUGAAACUCGACCUUAUAAUCAAGGUUCACGUUUGACAGCCUAUGAACUGAUUCAUGACGAUAUUCCUCAUACUAUGAUUUGUGAUUCAAUGGCUGGAUUAUUAAUGCGUACACGUGCAAUACACGCUGUGGUAGUUGGAGCCGAUAGAAUUACAGCAAAUGGUGAUACUGCAAAUAAAAUUGGAACAUAUCAAUUGGCUGUACUUGCAAAGUUUCACAAUAUACCGUUUUAUAUUGCCGCACCAACAACAAGUAUUGAUUUUACAAAACAAAAUGGAGAUGAAAUAGUGAUAGAAGAAAGGCCAGUAAAUGAGAUGACAACAAUCAAAGGAGUGUCAAUUGCAGCCCAAGGUGUUCAAUGCUGGAAUCCUGCAUUCGAUAUUACACCCUCUGAGUUGAUAACUGGUAUUAUAACAGAAUAUGGCGUAUUUAAAUCAAAUGAAUUGAAGGAAAAAUUAUUAUCGAUUAUGUCAAAACAACCGGAAGGAACAGUUGGAUAG